CAGGAACGUACGUUGAGCUGGCAGGGUUUAUGAAUGUUCUCGAUCAGGGGCUUAGCGUCAUCCUCCGAAAUUGCAAUUCAACAUGCCCUCGACCACGCUCUCCGUGCAACAUCUUCAACGACACCGCCUCCCCUCGAUUAUUACUUCUUGCUCGGACAAUAACACCAACUACGACGAGUUCCACACUAUCAACAUCACCGACGACGACGACGCCAACAACGCUAUUCUUUCCAUCCCCCCGAGUGAUAAUACCUUGUACAUAAUAUCAGAGCAUGACUAUGUCCGCUCGUUAAUCCCGAACCCUGCGCUGCGCGACGUCUGCGCGAAAUCCUCAACCACACAUCUCCCCUAUACUAUCGGAUCGCCGAGGAGGAAACCAAGACGCCUCAUGGCUGCCAUCACUACAUACGUCCCCGAUGUGGGCGCCCCGGGCUCGCCGCCCGACCUCACCAAUUCCAAGAGCUCCAAGAGCUCGAGCUUCCACUCGGAGACACUGUCCGACCUCAUGGGCCCAAGCGACCUGUCACAUUUCGAAGACAUCAACCUCGACGACGUCAAGGGGCCCGCGGCGUUUCCCAUGCAGAACAGCACGUCGACGAGAGUCGUGUACGAUGCGCGGAGUGCGAGUCUAUCUAAUGUGGCGAGCUCGCGAACUUUGACCGCGUCGUCGAAGAAUAGAUAUCCUAGCUUGAAGGGCCAGGUUAAUGGCGCGCUGAAGCUGCAGGCGCCCGCGAAGCCGGGCAGGAGGGGCUUCUCGUCGCCGUCGGCGCCCUCGCUGUCCAGCGCUAAUAUGAGUCUUGCUGCGCCCCCGCGCUCGUCCAGAUCGCCCUCGCCGUCGGGUGCGCACACGUUUGCUGCGGCGCCGAGGACGCUUUCGAGGAAGAGCUCGCGCGGGCUGGAGGUCAUGCCUAGCCCGGGCUUGAACGCGAGGAGGCAGUCGUGGCAGGACUCGAAGCGAAAGACGCUGAAGGAACGGGAGGCGGAGUGCGAUGAUGAGGAGGACGAGGAACUACCUGAGGAUGCGGUGAUUUGGAACGUGCCCAUCUCGCCACGGCCCGUUCAGGAGAGGUCACCCGCGCCAUCGACGUGCGGGAGUCCGCCCAGGGGGUCGCCGAGUUUGAGCGUUAUCAGCAAUGGCGGGUCCUCCGCACGCACAUCCCCCGGGCCAUCAACGACGCGCUUCCCGCAACGCAUGCCCUCGCCGCGGUCAGCGAGUAGGGAGAAUUUCCCCCCUGGGCUCACACGCCAGCGCACGAAUAACUGGGAAGACACAUACACAUCGCUCGACCCGGACGCGAAGAAAAUGACUGAGGCGCUCGAGGAGUUCCAGGUCGAAUCGGAGCGCAAACAGGAAGUUCAACGCCAGCAGCCCGGGCUCACGCGCUCGACGUCUGUCAGCCAGCUUGAGCCUAAGAGCAAGAAAUCUUCGCUUCCGCCGGUGCGUAAGAGUGAUCCGCUUAUUGAUCCGUUUCAGCCUUCGGUCGAGAAGCAGAAGUAUCUUUCGCGGACGAGGCCGAGUUGGUUACCGCCUAAGAAUCCGAAGGAGGAGAAGAAACACCUCAAAGAGUAUCAGAGGAUGCUUGCGAGGAUUGAGGAAGCCGAACGCCUCGAAGCCCAACGCGCGCAAUCCGAAGCCCUCGCCCGCGAAAAAGCCUCCCGCAUCAAAGCCGAAUACUGGACCACCCUCCUCCCAAAAUGGGACACCGAAAUGGCCGACCCAGCACUCCGCGCCACACACAGAAAAAUGUGGUGGAACGGCAUCCCCCCGCGGCUCCGCGGCGCCGUCUGGCAGCGCGCAGUAGGAAACGACCUCGAAGUAACAGAAACCACCUACACCAUUGCUUUACAAAAAGCGCAACAAGCCCUCCAGCAACAGCAGAGUCCCCUUUCAACCCGCUACCCCCAAAUCCUAGCCUGCACCCGCACCGUCUUCCCCGAACUGUGCAUGUUCGCACCGCCUGCGACUACGGGCGCAGAGCCCCAAGCCCUGCAUACAGAUCUCGUGAAUAUCUGCCUCGCGUAUGCGACGUACCGGCCUGAUAUCCCCCCUGCGUCUGCGCCAAUUCAUCACAUCGCCGCGCUCCUGCUGCUCAGUCUGUCCCCCGCGCAGUCUUUCGUCACACUCUCAAACCUAUUGAAUCGCCCCCUCCCCUUGUCGUUCCUCAUAAACGACGAGAACGCUACGCACGCCGCGUACGCUACUACACUCAACGCGUUAGGUAGGAAACACGCCGGUCUGGCGAAGCGGCUGGAAACCCUGCGUGUGGAGCCGAGGGAUUACUUGCAGGAUAUGUUCGGCAGUUUGUUUUGUGCGCGCUUGGGGGUGGAGGCGGCGGCGAGGGUUAUGGAUGUUUAUGUCGUUGAGGGGGAUAAGAUUCCUCCGCGCGUGGCGGUGGCGGUGCUGGGGGAGUUGGAGGGGAGGUGUGGGGAGGGGGGACGGGAGGAUGUGUUGAGGGUGUUGAGGGGGGCGGAGGUGGGGGGGAGGGAGGUGGAUGGGUUUAUGGGGAGGGUGUUUGAGGCGGGGAAGAGUUAG